AUAAAAUAUUUUAUUUAGAUUAAAUUUUAUUUAACUUUAGAUAAAGAUAACAAAUUGGAUUAUUAACAAAACAUAUUCUAGUAGUACUUACUAAAGUGAAAUUCCAGAAGCACCCCUACCCUAACCGCCUCUCUAUAUUUUCAAAACUACACCUAAAACCCCGAAUUGCGAAACACCAGACUACCUUUCUCCCAUUUGUACAUAAAGGGGCGUAAACCCCUUUGAACCUGUUAACCACGCAAAGUCCAAAAUCUGCACAAGAACUCGCCGGAGAAAAAAAAAAGAAUGAUCGAUAGAGGGAAAACGUCGGUCGCCGUCGUGUACUCCGACGGAAACCGCGAGAUCAAUGUCGGCACGGUCGUGGUGGACCCCACGCUCAACUUUAAGAGCCUCGUCACGCUCCUCAGCCAGCGGAUCGGGAUCUCGCCGCACCAGUUAUCCGUCUACCUCGCCUCCGUCGGCACCGACCGCAAGAUUCCGGUCACGUCCAAGCUCAACCUCGCCGCCGUGCGCCGCGACGGCGCCGCGCACUUCUUCUUCGUGAAGCGCUCCAAGCGCAACAAGAAGGCGAACGGAAGCGGAAACGGAAAGGACGCCAUGAAGAAGAAUUACCCUCGUCCUCCGCCGGAGAAGGUCAUGCUCCUCCGCCGUGCCGAUGCCGGAGCUCCGCCUUUCAUGCCGCCGGUUCUGAAUCGGGCACAGUACGAGCGAAGGCUGAUGAAUCUGCACAUCGAGAGACAGUCUUAUCUGAUGAAUAUGAGCCUCGGAGUCAACGGCGGAAGAGAAUCACCGAAUAACUCCGCCGCCGUCACCGCCGCCUUCCCCGCCGUGUGCGAUGAAUGUUUAAAGGCAAAAGUCAGCGGAAAUAACCGCGAUUUUCAUCCAUGCGUGAACGACGCAGUUAUUGUAGGGUUCCGGUCACGGGAGGGACCGAUUACACGGCCGGUGAAGAACGCCGACAAAGCCGGCACCUGAAUUCUGGAGUUGGUUGUUUUUUGUUUCGUUUCGUUUCUUUUCUCUCUUCAAGGAAGAGAAAAAUUGUGCAUAAGAAAAAACAUAAACAAGAAGGAAGGGGGUAGUGAUCACGUGCGGAGGGGUAUACGAUAAGCGAAAGAGAGGUAUACCUUUACAGUUAUGUGUUUGACAUUUGAUUAAUUAGUUCUUAGGUGACUAUAAGCAAUUACGCAUAAUAAUAUAUAGACGAUCUUGCCCUAAGGGGAAGAAGGGGCUUUUAAUUAUUGAGCUUUUGUAGAGAGGGUUGUUUUGGAAAUUUCACUUAUCAGUUGGAUUGCUUUGGUCCAACGUCAAAAUUGGGGUGCAUUGUAUUGUGUAGGACCUUAACAAGAGAGGUUGAAGUGUUUGCUCAUGCAAUAAAUGCUUCCUCUUCUUUUGGCAUUGCAUAAUGCAUGUUCAUUUUGUAGUACCUCAUAAAAGAAUGCAAAUUUAUAUAAUUGGUAUGUUAUGCUAGAA